GAGACAAGGUCACGCAAUGUCCUUGGCAAAUCAAACGUAUGUAUCCUCUAAUUUAGAAUGGUAAAGGCUAUUGCAUUCCCCUUGAGGCCCUUUACCAUCAAAAUAAUUUUCUUGGCAUGUAUUCUUUUACUGUCCUUGCAGCUGAUAUUUUUUUAUUCCUCGAGUAUUGACGUUUCCAAUUUAGUUGGUCGAAUAAGUAAUUCAAAAAGUGUAAUCAGCAGUGGUAAACAUGCUCCCGUUGAUCGAUCGGAGGCAUUUGGUGAUAUGGGUCGUGCAGUUGUUAUACCUGCAUCAUUACAAGCAGAAUCGAAACGAACAUUUCAUGUGAAUGAAUUUAAUCUGGUUGCUAGCGAUUUAAUUGGUCUUCAUCGUAAUUUAAAUGAUUUUCGUCAUGCCAGCUGUCCACGUGUUUUACCUAUAGGCAAAUUGAUCCCCUACAAAACCAGUGUCAUCAUUGUAUUCCAUAAUGAAGCUUGGUCAACAUUGCUACGUACUGUACAUUCUGUUCUUGACCGUACACCAUCAGAAUUACUUGAAGAGAUUAUUCUUGUCGAUGAUGCUAGUACUCAAGAACAUUUAGGUCAACAAUUAGAUAAUUAUGUAAACAAGUUAAAUCAACAUGUACACGUUGAACGAAUGCAUAAUCGUAGUGGACUUAUCCGUGCAAGAUUACAAGGCGCAAAAAUUGCUAAAGGCAAAACAUUAACAUUUUUAGAUGCACAUUGUGAAGUAACUAUUGGUUGGUUAGAAACACUACUUGUACAUAUUGCUGAGAAUCCUAAACGUAUAGUCUGUCCUAUUAUUGAUGUUAUUAAUCAUGAUACAUUUGAAUAUCUACUUGGUUCUGAUCGUACAUGGGGUUCUUUCGAUUGGCAUUUCAGUUUUCAUUGGGAAAGUGUUGGUGAUAGAGAAAUUGAUAGACUUGAUGAUGAUCAUAGUAAACCGCUGAGAACGCCCACUAUGGCUGGUGGUCUAUUUACUAUUGUACGAGAUUAUUUUUAUGAGCUUGGCGCUUAUGAUGAAGGUAUGGAGAUAUGGGGUGGUGAAAAUAUUGAAUUAUCUUUUCGUGUAUGGCAAUGUGGCGGUGAACUGCUGAUUGAUCCAUGCAGUCGUGUUGGACAUGUGUUUCGCAAAUCAUCACCGUACACUUGGCCUGGUGGUGUUAGUAAUAUAUUGUACAAAAAUUUCGUACGAACUGCUCUAGUCUGGUUGGAUCAGUAUAGUCGAUUCUAUUUUAUGAUGAAUCCGUCUGCCUUGUCAGUUGAUUUUGGAAAUAUUACUGAACGCAAAGAACUUCGCCGACGGCUGGAUUGUAAAAGUUUCCGCUGGUAUUUAGAGAAUAUUUAUCCUGAAUCACCUGUCCCAAUUGAUGUUAUACGACUUGGUGAAAUUCGUCAUACCAAAACUGGUUAUUGUUUAGAUUCACUUGGUCAUAAAGUCGGUGAAUCUGUUGGUAUAAGCCGAUGUCAUGGACAAGGCGGUAAUCAAGUAUUUGCAAUAACUGAAAAAGGUGAAAUUCGUGUUUACAUAGGCUGUAUAGACGGUGGAGAUAAAAGGAAUACCGGAACUGGAAAGUUAAUAUUCCAUAGGUGUUCAAGUGAGAAUAUUGGUCAGGUAUUUGAAAUAUCUGGCAAGAAAAUAAUCCACAAAGCUACAAAACUGUGCCUUGUUGUGAUACCAGUAGUCAAGGUGUUACGACUCACACUAAGAGUAUGCUCUGAUUCAGAAGAUUUCAACUGGACUCUGCCGCCACUCUUCAAUGAUACAACAGUUCUCAUAUAA